CGCCUCCUGACCUAAUUUCCGGUAAAAUGGCCGCCAAAACAAUGGCAAGCCUGCUUACAAUCUCGGAACCAAAUUCAAGUCAGGGGUCACAAGUCAAAUCACAUGAAGGCUGACGGGUGUUUUUGUGAAGUAUGGCGUGAGUAAUGAGCCUCGGUUCCGGGUGGUAUUUAUUUAUUUAUCAAGUGCGACACUGCUAAUUAAAGUUUACAAACUCUACAGGUAGCUUGACCACAACCGAUGCUAACUGAACCUGAAGCUUAAGAAACCACAGUAGCCUGCUGGUGUAUUCUGGACAGCACUAAAUGCCCCCUGGGUGCAGCUCAGGAAGCGGGAGAACAUGUCCAGUCCAAACGCGAACACACCGGGACUGCCAGCAGGGAGCGGAAACAAAGUGGAUCAGGUCAUGCAGCCGGUUCUGUUCGAAGUCUUCGGGGAGAUGUGGAAGGUGCAGGCUCGGUUAGGACAGGGAGGAUCUGCUUCAGUGUACCGGGUCAGCUCUACCAGAUCCAGCUGUGCUGCCGUGAAAGAGUUUCUGCUGGACGCCCAGGGUGGAGAUUACGGCUUUCUUAAAGAAAGAUCCGUCCUGGAGGACAUCCAGGGCCACAAAAAUAUCGUGACGCUGUACGGUGUGUUCACCAAUCACAACCCGCUCGGCAUAGCGACCCGCUGCUUGCUGCUGGAGCUUCUGGAUGUGAGCGUGUCGGAGCUGCUGGUGAGGGGCAGCAGUCAGGGCCAAUCCAUGUGGCUGAUCCAGCACUGUGCUCGCGAUGUCCUGGAGGCGCUGUGUUUCCUGCACAGAGAGGGCUACGUCCACGCCGACCUCAAGCCUCGCAACAUUCUCUGGAGUCCUGACGACGAAUGCUUCAAGCUCAUCGACUUUGGGCUUAGCUUUAAAGAGGGGCAUCAGGAUGUGAAAUACAUCCAGACAGAUGGGUACCGUGCCCCCGAGGCUGAGCUGCAGAACUCUCUGGCUCAGGCAGGACUGGAGGGAGAUUCGGGCUGUACCACCGCUGUGGAUCUGUGGAGCCUGGGUGUCAUUCUUCUCGAAAUGUUCUCAGGAAUCAAACUAAAAGAAACUGUUAAGUCUCAGGAAUGGAAGGACAACAGCGCUGCAAUAGUGGAUCAUAUCUUUUCAAGUAAUUCUGUGGUGUACCCUGCUAUCCCCGUCUACCAUCUGAGAGAUCUAAUCAAAAGCAUGCUCCACCACAACCCAAACCGCCGAAGCACUGCCGAGACCGCACUGAUCAACCCCUUUUUCAGUAUUCCUUUUGCUCCUCACAUCGACGACUUGGUUCUGCUGCCGACGCCCGUCCUCAGACUGCUCAACGUAAUAGAUGACAGUCAUUUGCACAAUGAUGAUGAAUACGAAGAUAUUAUAGAGGAUAUGAGAGAAGAAUGUCAGAAAUACGGGUCAGUCUUAUCGCUGUUGAUUCCGAAAGAAAAUCCCGGGAAAGGACAGGUCUUCGUCGAGUAUGCAAACGCUGGAGACUCCAAAGAAGCCCAGAGGCUGCUGACAGGCCGCACUUUUGAUGGCAAAUUUGUGGUGGCCACUUUCUACCCGCUGAGUGCCUAUAAGAGAGGCUAUCUGUAUCAGACGGUGCAGUAAGGGGCUUCAUACAAACAUGUCUGUUCACUAUAAAGAGAAAGCUCAGUUGUCACAAAUAUCUCGGAUAAUCUUUACUAUAUAGAACUAUACAUACGCAGAUAGUGUGGAUGCAUAUUAAUACGCAAGCGUGUACUCUUCCAUGGCUUGCUAGCAUUAAUGCAAUAAGGAACUGUAAUGCUUUAGAGAAAGAUGAUCAAAUAUAUUUGUGCGAUAUCUUA